AUUAGCUCAUUUUCUCCUGCCCAGUUUUCUCUAGGCAAACUCCGAUCACCGGAUAGAUGGUUCCGGUGACGGAGCCUCUCACCAAAAACCCCAAAAAUUCAAUUUGAUUCUCAAAACCCAUAUAAAAACCUGAAUGGAUUUCUCUCAAAAAGCCUAUGUAGUUCUCCGGUGGUCUCUCGCUCUCCUCUUCCCUAUCGCUGCCUUCUCUUCUCUCUCACUCUUGCUCAUUUUAGUCACCGUCUUCGUAUCCAAUUCUUCGGUCCCCGGCCCCAUUUCGGUUUCGUCUCACUGCAGGAUCGUCUCCAGUAGUGUUGAUCUUAAGUCGGCCAAGGUUUGUGAGCUGGGAUUGUUGAAUUACAAAGCCAAGAAUGUAUUUUAUCCUUUAGAAGGGAGAAGGUUUCGGUGUCGUUAUGAUUACUAUUGGGCUUCUGUUUUUAAGGUGGAAUACCAAGACCAGUCUUCUGGUCAAACUCGGGUUGCACUAGCUGAGGCUCCAACUGAGGCUCUUCCUCUAGAUUGCAGACCUAAUUUUGGUGCUGCAUGGUUGACCAAAGACAAAUUCAAGGUCAAUAAGACUUAUGACUGCUGGUACACAUUUGGUGUUUCUCAAGUAAGCUUAUAUGAGGAUGGUUUCUUCAGUUGCCAAGCUAAAAAUCCGUCUACAUUUGAAAUGAUAAGAAGAUAUUUCUUCCUGUCAACAAAGAUCUUACGCUCCUGGUUGUUAAGCCAGGAACCGGCCGUGUUUUGGAGGUGGGAUACCAUACUUGGAGUUGUUACUGGUUUUUCAAGCGCUUUGAUCUCAAUAACCUUCAUUAGACUCAUGCAGAUCUUGAAAUCCCAAUUGCCUGAUAUCUCUGCUAGAAGAUUGUUUAAACAGUCAAUCUCUGCUGUUCUCUUCAGUCGCACUUGUUUUCUCGUCGCAUACAUCUCUUUUAUGGGUUGGUUGGCCAUUGAGUAUGGGAAAAGACUUGGCCUGCCUGAGAUUUUCACUCUUCUUAAGGACUGAGGCAGGCAGCACUCUUAUCUGACAAGUGCUAAUUCCGUUUUUGUCCCCCUUUGGAUCCUCGAUUCUGAAAAUUCGGAGCUGCUACACGUACAUGUUUCAUUCAUCCCCGUGAUAUACAGUUGAGUAGGUAAAUCGUAAAUGUACUUCAAGUUGUUGAGUAGAAUAUGUUUUGCUCUAUAGAAAGUGUAUAUGUAAAUUACCUGGGAUGGAACAACAGUUGCAGUUAUCUCAUGUCAACAAAAAGAUCCCCAACAUUAACCACAUCAUCUCCCCAGGUUUCUCUCUUGUCCCUUUCUGCUGGGUCAGGUACAGAUUGGGUCUAAUUUAAUAGCAGUAAUAAUGAUAAUACUGCAGUCAUGAUUUAUGUCUUCACAUGUAUAUUUUCUAAUGUUUAGGUUUUUAGGACUUUAUAAAGUAACCAGUAUAGUUCACUUUACCGGUUGGCAGUAUCCAUUUUCUUUUGUAAUGGAAUGAAAGUUACAUUGGCCUCACUAUGUAAAUUGGCAAGGAUACCACACACUGUAUCGAACUCCGACCACCC